UUAAUUUUCUUCUACACAUCUCGCCGCCGGGAAAAGUAGGAGGAGCGAGAGAUGGAGUGCGAAACCCUUGUUGAAUCGGCGAUUAGGGUUCUGAACACAUCGGACCCGUUCGAAAAAGCCAGGCUUGGAGAUUCAAUUGCCGUCAAAUGGCUCCAAGGUGAUAUAGCCGAAACCUACGAUCCCACCGUCGAUCUCUCCGUGCCGGACAGGCCGGCUCGACUUCCGGUGAAAUUGGUCUCUCCGAGUUUGAUGCCGAAGCUGGGAAGAGCUGGUAGUUUACAGAGCAGGCAAGCCAUUGUUCAUAGUCUUGUUCAUACUGAAAGCUGGGCGAUUGACUUAUCUUGGGAUAUAAUUGCUCGUUUUGGUAAGCAAGAGAAGAUGCCUAGAGACUUCUUCACGGAUUUUGUUCUUGUUGCUCAGGACGAAGGCCGUCACUUCACUUUGCUUGCAGCUCGGCUUGAAGAAAUUGGUUCUACUUACGGUGCAUUGCCUGCUCAUGAUGGUCUUUGGGACUCUGCUACUGCCACUUCUCAGGACCUUUUGGCUCGUUUGGCUAUAGAGCAUUGCGUUCACGAGGCUAGAGGGCUUGAUGUACUGCCUACUACGAUAUCCCGGUUCAGGAACGGAGGCGAUUACGAGACUGCAGAUUUACUAGAGAAAGUUGUGUACCCUGAAGAAAUCACUCACUGUGCAGCUGGGGUCAAAUGGUUUAAGUAUCUAUGUGAACGGUCAAAUCAUCCGGAAUUCACCAUCACCAGCAAAGACUCAGAUGAAAGCAAUGAAGAGAUAAUCAAAAAAUUUCAUUCGGUAGUAAGGGAGCAUUUCAGAGGGCCGUUGAAACCGCCUUUUAAUGCUGAAGCAAGAAAAGCUGCUGGCUUUGGUCCUCAAUGGUAUGAACCUCUGGCUGUCAAAGUGAGCAAUGCCUAGCAUUAUCCCACAACUUUUCUUCACUUUUUUCUUCCAUACUUGGUUUGUUUGUAAUAUGUAAGUUUCCAACACUGUAACCAUUGUUUUGAGUUUUGACAAAAGAGUACCCUUUCUUGAAAUCAA